AUGAAAUGAUGUGAUUGGUCCAAGUUGAAACAUUGAGGAGCUCCUUCUCUCCAAUACUUUCCCUGGUUUCAGUUCCUGGGUCGACAACCACACUCGCCAAUGAGCCCAUCACAACCCAUUUGAUCCAUUGCAAACCAAAUAUGAAGCUCUCCCUCAAAAACACAGACGACCAGCGCCGCUACCCACUCAUCAAAGCCAAGAUCCCCAUCACCGUCUUCAACCUCCCUUUUACCACCUCCGUCGCCACCACCCACCCCUCCGCCGUCUCCUUUUCCCUCUCCACCAACUUUUCCUCCGGCCCCUCCCUCAAACUCUCCACCAACACCUCCUCCGCCACCACCACCUCUCCUCCUCCAUUAUCUUUCUCCCUCAAGUCCGGGACCGGCCUCUUCGGCUCCCCUAAGAAUUCGCCGCUUCUCAUCUCUGCCCACUUCACCCUCUUUCCCUCCCCCAACCCUAAUCCCACUUUUACCCUCCAAAUCAAGCCCCGAUUUGGUGACUUCUCGCUCCUCAAAACCACCUUCUCAAACCCUACCGCUAACCCUAAACCUGAUUGUAAAUCUUUUUCUGGCUCUGAUUCGAAUGGUGAGGUUGAGAAUGGGUUUGUGCCGGGGGAACCCUUGGGUUGGAGGGAGCUGACAAUGGGGUCUUGUAGUGGCAAAGAUGGGCUUCAAAACCCUAACCUUAGCCCUAACCCUAACGUUAAUGGUUUGUUUGGUUCGGAGGUUUGGAAGAUGGAUUCUUGUGGUGGGAAAGGUGGGAUUUGGUCUGGAUUUGCAGUUACGGCGAGGACAGUGUUACCGGUGACUAAGCGGGUGGCAGUGAAUUGUCGAUGGGGCGUGAAUUUUCCGGAGAAGGGGACCAAGCUGCCGUUCUUGACUGUGGAUAAGGUUGAGAUCGAAAGGGUCGAGGAGGUGAAGGACGUGAUGGUGAAGAGUGUUAAGAGAGAUUCAGGGGACUUGGAGUUGUUGAAAGGUAUGUGUUUUUGGAUGAAGAGAGAUUUGGAGGUUUUGGAGAAGGAGAAUAGGGAGAUGAAACAGAGUUUAGAGGAGAUUCGAUUGGGACUUUCUCCGAGGAAAUAUGGUGGGGACAGCAUUGGUGUCGGAAGGAAGGCAGUGCCUCAUUCCGGUGAGAAUUCGGGUGAUUUUGAGCGCUGGAGGAGCAAGAAGAGCAGUGAAGAAGAGAAAGGAAGAAGGGAAUCGAAGAAGUCUGUGACUCUGGCAAGUGAUGUGGAAAGUGAGUUGCAGAGAGCUAUCAAGGCUGCCUCAUCAUAGCUAGGUUUGAAAUCCAAGCAAAUUUCAUCUACCUUGUUUCGCUAUUGAACGUGUAUAUGGGUAUUAGAGAAUGUUUCCAGUACGAUCAAGCCACAUAAUUCUCUUGAAUUUCAUGGCAUAGUCAAGGGAUCAGUAGUUCUUUCUAUGAAUAUCCUAGUUUUGGUUAGGAAACGCUUUACAAUAUAUUUCAAGCAUAGAUUCUAUAAUAUUUUGGCCCACUGCUGCAGUGUUUGUAUAUGGUGAUCUAAUUUUAUAUAUGUAGGUGUUUGAACUUUGUGCA